CAUCUUUGCUUCCAAGAUAAUGGCUGAUUUGGAGGAAUACCAAAUGGAAGAAAUUGAUGAUGACCCCAUCCAUGUCAUGUUAGAAGAUGAGGGCACACGUGACAUGAUUCCAACUUAUUCAUACAAGUCCAGUUCUUACAAGAGUUCAGCAAGCUGUGCUAAAUUUCCUGGUCACGUAAAGCAGGAGGACAUAAAAAUUGAAGAUGUUGUUAGGCAGUAUGCUCUUUGUUUCCUUCCAGCCAAGUCAAUAUGCAGGUUCAAGACUGUUUCUAAAGAGUGGCUUAAGUGGAUAGACAGUCCUUUUUUUUCCCACAAGCAGACCAACCACUUCAAGCAUGUUUCUGGUCUUUUCUGUCAGUUUCCUGGCGAGAGUCCCUCCUUCAUAUCAUUCAAUCCAGUUGCUUAUGGCGUUUCUAGCCCCACUCUCCGUUUCUUGCCUGAAUCUAUUGAUGUCCGAACCUCUUGCAAUGGAUUACUUGGCUGCCAAAGCCGCCUUGGAGAUAAUGCUUACUACAUUUGCAACCCCGUGACUAAGGAAUGGAGGGUGGUUCCAAAGCCAACUUUAUAUCAUGGACCUGAAACAGCCAUAGCACUUGCCUUUGAACCUGAUGCACUCAAAUUUGGAGCGCAAUAUGAGCUUGUCUGUGCAGUCACUCUACCAGAUAGGGCAGCUCUUCUGUUUGAAAUAUACUCUUCAAGGACAAACUCUUGGAGAGUAUGCACAGCUAUGUGCUUGGAGCUGGAUGCUCUGCCUCUUAAUGGCGAUGGUUUCUACAUCAGAGGAUUUGUCUUUUGGGAAACCCAAUCAGGUGCAGUUCUGGGUUUCGAUUGUAAGGAGGAAGAGUAUGGAAUUCUCAGUCUCCCACCUAGCAGCAACCCGACAGGUGCUUUGACAGAGUUGCGGGGGGAGUUGUGCUACCUUCUGCCUCACAAAGAAGAUGACGCAUGGUCAAUUGAGGUCUACGGAAAUAUGGACAUGAGCCUGAGGCGUGUAAUUCCUCUUCAUUCUGAGGUUUUGGGUCAUCUUGUAGAUGGACAGUGCCGGGCUUUGGCAUUUGUGAAUGAUGACACAAUGAUCAUUGCUCUUGGGAUGAAAGUGAUUGCUUAUCAUGUAAGAGCACAUAAGAUGGAGCGGGUAAGUGAUGCCAGGACUGAUGGUUUUGUGAAGUAUUUGCCAUACGUGAACAGCCUUGCACCCGUGGGCCCUUUCAUGCGCGACACAGCUUUGUAUCCGUGAGAUUUCCACAAAGACUCUCUGAACCUGGAUUGCUGAUUCCAGGAUGGAUGUCUCAGGACUAUCGACUAUUAAUAUUCUUUCUGUUUUUGUGAAUUAUCAGACAUGACUUCUGCUCAAACCGAGAAUACGGUGGAAGCUAAACAUAGAAUUUCCUUUUGAAUUCCAAUUCUUCCGUGGGAUAUUUUGACCUUGUGCUGGAGCUUUUAAAGCAUGAUUGAAUGAUGCAAAUGAUUUUCUUUUUUGAUCUGCUGUCACUGUUGUGAAGGGUUAAACUUGUGAAUUCAAGCUAGUUAUGAUGGAAUUUCAUAAAUGCUAUCACCUUCCAUUUUCA